GCUCUUUCUCUCUUGGUUUUGGGGGAAAUCUGGGUUUGAUUUUAACGGGGAGUAGCCUAACCCGGGCUCUCUUUACAUAUGGAUGUACUGGACGCUCUUCAGUCGCUCUGAGCUUCGGACGGGGAUGAGUUCGGUGGUUCAUCUCUCCUCCCGCCGCUAUCUUCUCACUUGUGCUUAACUAUUUUUUAAAAGGAGACGAACGUGAGAAAGUACGCCUCACUUUUUUCCCCUCGUUUGGAGAGGACGGUUUUUGACGGAGCACGAAGCUUGAUGCUAAGGUGGAUCUCUCGCUUGUAGGACGUCUUUUAAAAGUACUAAGUCAGCGGCUCUACCGUCUUGUGACACUGGGGAAAGGCUCUGGUCAGCCUGAAGCGAAGGGUCACUGAGCUCAGACACUCUUCUUCCACUGACUCACAAAUUACACACUCACGGGGGGGGGGAGUCACACACUGACACAUCAGUGCAACGACGCAGAAACUCAGUUUACACACUUGGGAAAACACACAUACCCUCAUCCUUGCACAUAGACAUCCAAACACAGGCCCCUUGAGCAGGAUGAGGGAACCUUGGAGGUACCUGCUGGGCCUGUGCCUCCUGGCAUGCUCAACCUUCACCCACAGUGCCGCUAAUCCCUUCACAGGACAGCAGACUCCUCCAGACCCCUGCUAUGAUGACACCGGUGCAGCACGCCGGUGUAUCCCUGAGUUUAUCAAUGCUGCCUUCGGCAAGGAGGUGAUGGUUUCCAGCGUGUGUGGCCGACCUCCCUCCCGUUCCUGUAGCGUGGUGGAGCGGGGCGACGAGCGGCCUUCUGUACGCACGUGCCAAAUCUGUGACGCAGCCGACCCUCGCCGUGCCCACCCGGCUUCCUACCUCACCGACCUCAACUCGGCCCACAACCUCACCUGCUGGCAGUCGGAGAAUCUGAACACCUCUCCGUACAAUGUGACUCUCACCCUUUCGCUGGGUAAAAAAUUUGAGAUUACCUACGUCAGCCUGCAGUUUUGUUCACCACGACCCGAGUCCCUGGCCAUAUACAAAAGCAUGGACUAUGGCAAAAGCUGGAUGCCCUACCAGUUCUACUCCUCGCAGUGCCGCCGCAUGUACAACCGACCCAACAAAGCAACCAUCACCAAGCAGAAUGAGCAGGAAGCUCUUUGCACAGAUGGUCACACUGACCUUUACCCGCUGUCUGGAGGGCUUAUAGCUUUCAGCACUCUGGAUGGACGGCCUUCUGGUAAAGAUUUUGACAACAGCCCAGUUCUUCAGGACUGGGUCACCGUCACUGAUAUCCGUGUGGUCUUUAGCCGGCCGCAGAUGCCCCGGGAGUUGGUACUAGGGGCCGGAGGCAACACUGGAGGGAGGGAUGAUGACCCCAUGGCAGUGACAUCAACACUCCCAACUUAUUUCUAUGCAGUGGGAGACUUCCAGGUGGGCGGGAGGUGUAAGUGCAACGGCCAUGCCUCACGCUGUCUGAAAGACAAGGAAGGUAAACUGGUGUGUGACUGCAAACACAACACGGAGGGACCUGAAUGUGACCGCUGCAAGCCCUUUCACUAUGACCGACCUUGGCAGAGGGCCAAUGCUCGCGAGGCCAAUGAAUGUCUGCCGUGCAACUGCAACCUUCACGCCCGCCGGUGUCGAUUCAACAUGGAGUUGUACAAGUUGUCAGGGAGGAAAAGUGGCGGGGUGUGCAUGAAUUGCCGCCAUAAUACCGCAGGACGCCACUGCCACUACUGCAAGGAGGGCUUCUACAGGGACAUGGCCAGACCAAUCACCCACAGGCGAGCCUGCAAAGAAAUCCCUGUGGUCAACCCCACAGCUGUCGUGAGCAGCACAGAGGAACCAGCAGAUUGUGAGUCCUACUGUAAACCAGUGAAAGGCAACUUGAAGAUCAACAUGAAGAAAUACUGCAAGAAGGAUUAUGCUGUCCAAGUGAACGUGCUGGACAUGGAGACGGUGGGUGACUGGGCCAAGUUCUCCGUUAGCGUGGUGGCUGUGUACAAGAGCCGGGGCGAACCCUUGAAGAGAGGUGACAACAUCUUGUGGGUACACAUGAAGGACCUUGCCUGCAAGUGUCCCAAAAUCCAGAUGAGCAAACGAUUUUUGGUGAUGGGUGGCGCUGAAGGUGGAACGGGCCCAGGAGCAGGUCCAGGAGUCGGGCCCGGAGGUGGAGCCAGCAGUCCAGGGGCGGAGCGCAUAGGCUUGGUGGCCGAUAAGAACAGCCUGGUGAUCCAGUGGAGAGACGUUUGGACGAGACGUCUGAGGAAGUUCCAGCGCAAGGAGAAGAAGGGGAAGUGCAGCAAAGCAUGAUUGGGAAAAGCAGCGUCCAUCCCUACCUCUCCCUCCACAGCACUCAAUCACAAAUCCUGACUCUUGACUUCUCUUAUCCCCGGCCACUCGAGUCCUUUCUUCUCCUCCAUUGUGGGAACGCUGCACAUUACAAAGACUGCAUGUACCCUGCCUGUUUUAAGGACCACGUUUUGUGUAUAUUGUAUAAUUAUUUUCAUUUUUAUUUUUUCAAAUUUUUUUCAUUGUAAGGCCACUUGUCUAUUUGUCCGAUUGGUUUGCCUUAAAAAGGGACCAUUAAAAAGGGUGUGAAGUGUAGACAAAAGCAGGCGCCAUUUCCCCCCCUCGACGACGGCAACUGAACUGUCCAACCCCCUGCUAAAAAAUACAACCCCCUGACCUCCACCUGUCAAAACUGCCUGUCUUCUGCCAUUUUAAGGUAUUUCCAUGCAAGACUACCAAUGCUCACCCCUCACUGUUCUCUGAGGAUUUUAUUAUAGAGUGUUUAUCACUUCACAGACUGAUAUCAGCAACAAGACAAGCUACAGAUCUCCAGCUUGGCCACCUCACACUGAUGAUCUUCAGAAUUUUCCUGUCAAAACAGGCCUAAUUUCUCAAGGUCUUUGCAGUAUCUUCUUUGGACUAUAGGACUUCUAUGUCCUACGAGGAACCAAGGGCUCCCUUUGCAGGGACAUUUUCCACAGCAAACCUCAGUCACACCACCACUGCUGCUGCCGCCACCACCACACAGCCCUCACAGAAUAAACUGCUCACGUAGGCUCUUAUACGGUCAAGUGCCCGAUGUCACUGCUCAUACUAGAGUUUGUAUAUCUUGUGUGGCUACUUUGCUAUCUCAGCCAUCCACAUCCUUAUUUGAGAUGUAUCCCUUUGUUGCAUUGGGCACGAGUGAGUCACAUCGCAGGCCUCUUCCCCACUGUUCCCUCUUAUGAGUGGUUUAUAAAGUCACCAUCAUGACUCAUGGCCUGUCACUUUGUGGAAGAUGAAGCGGCGCAGACCGAAUUUCAGAACAAAACCAACUUUUCCAUUGAGACUUUUGCGCUUCGUGGAUAUUCUCUUUGCUGGGUACAGCUCUUCCAGACGUUGCUGUGUGGCCAGCGUCACUUAUGUCUUUAAAAAUGGCCGAACAUUUCAUUGCGUUGACCGAUGAAGACUGGCAGGCUUUUGUUUGCCACAACAAGAGAUUGAAACAAGAGUUCCUUUUUCAUGCAGUAAAAACACAAAAACAAGUUGGAUAAAGAAAAGACGUAGCUGUGUUGUUGGGUUUUUUCGUUUUUGUUUUUCAUUCCUUGCUUAGUAUUUCGACAAAAUGAAUGAGCCUGGAACAUUUUUAGUGCUCACUGAUUGUAUUAUGACAUGAGAGGAUCAUAUUUCAGUCCUCAUGUGCUUUGUUAAGUUUGCAUGUUUGUGGGGUUUUUUCUUUUUUUCUUUUGCUGGUCCAUCAAAUCCUUACAGGGAGCAGAGAGAGGUAAACUAAUAUGAGCAUGAAGAUCCAAAGGAAAACUUCCCAGGUCAUCUUCCACCACUUGCCCACCCCAAAUGCAUAACCCUGUCAUGCCUUGCCAAAUAAGAGUAGUCAGUUUUUAAAUUCAAUUAAGAGACUAUGAAAGUCAGGACCAACGAAUUAACCGCAGAGAGACCCAUCUGGUUGCUCUCAAGCUUUUUAUCUGCCUUUUGCAGUUAUUUCAUUUUGUAAACGACUUUACAAUUUAUUUAAAUAGAGUACAAUAUAAACACACAGUUUAGUUGAGGGGCACAUCAAGCUCACAUAGCAUUGAGUGUUCCUACAGGCAUCUCAUGCUAGCUUGUGGUUACGCUCCUUUGGCUUUGGCGGCAUGUUUGGUUUGUCAUUCCUCCAAAAGUGUCUCUCCUCUGCUCUCGUCUGUGUGUCAGCCACAAACUCCCUCCCCCCACCCCCCGAAUUCUCCUUUUAACCCAUUUUGCAUGUUGUGUAUUUAGUGUUUUAGAUAAGUGAAAGCACAGAAAGAGGCUUCCAGACUCCUCUGUGGUGUAUAGUACUGCACUGUAGUUCUUGUUUUCUGAGAAUGUAAAUCAAUCUGCAAAGAAAAGACACACAGGUAAAUGGUCUGAUUGUGUUUAUGAAGUGAUAUUAGAACUGAGGACGUCUAAUGGCAUGAUAUUUGAUGCUGUUAUGAACUCUGAACAUGACUAGAUGUUGUUCAAAAGAUUGUGGCUCUUCAUGCUUUUCUCUCUCAUCAAGACAUUUUUUGUUUUUGUUUUUUAUAAUACAAUGCAAAAACAAGUUGUAACCAAAAUGAAUUAUAAGCCACCACGACUUCUGAUGUGUGACAAAAAAAAAAGGUUUUCUAUGGCACUAUGCUGAGGGCACAAAUCUCACUGAUGGAAUUUCUCAAAAAUGCAGAAGCAGUCCUUUAUUUAUGUGUCGGCUGUCCUCUGUGACCUGUCAGACAGGUGGUGUUACAGUAGCACCCGUGUCCGCAUCUUGGUAUGUAAGUCUGGCAUUACAAUGAAUUGUCAAAAUAUUUGCCUCAGCUCCUUGAGCACCCAACACCCUUGUGAAGGAAUUCCACAAAAUUCUUUCUCUUCUAGUUUUCACGUGAUAUGUCACACUAUAGGAACGCUUCCAAAAGAGGCUUUUUCCGAUGCCUGUUGAUCAUUUUUGCCAGUUCAGUUUACCCAAAAUGCUGGAUAGUUCUUAAACUAUACACAUGUAUAACUAUCCUGCCUGCAAAUCUUUAGAGUGUGGCACUGCAUGGGAACACAUUUAGCCUAAGGGCCCCGUUGUACCAGCCAAGCAGAUAAAAGUGUACAAUCAUGUCAGGUUUUACUGCUCACAUGGUCACAGAUCAGACGGACAUGUUGUAAGAUGACUUGGUGGAGAAAAAAGUAUAGAUGGAGGUGAUUUCCCUUAUAUCAGUGCCGAUGCAGAGGUUUUUUUUUUUCAGAGUAGCGACACCUAUUGUUCCGAGGAGUACUGUAGCAGCUUCCUGCACCAUAAAUGUUUAGGACUAUGAUGAUGACGUUGCCUGUGGCGAACAAACAGACCAGCGUGAAAGGUAUACUGAGGCAUCCUGUCAUGCAGCUACUGCGGACAGAUCACACCAAUCCACCACAGCGACUGAUCUUGUCAAUAGCAAUAGGAAAUAAGUUUCACUAUAAUGAUGUUAAACAAAAUGUUACUGGUGUGUCACUUCUGCCAUAAAACAUCUGAAGCCAGCAGCUGAUGGAUCACCAUGUGUUAGCUAGCUAGUUUUAGCUAAAGCGCCCUUGCCUUUGUGUUAAUAGUUGAGAGCUUUUUUUUUACCUUCAAAUCUAAAAGAGCAAAUCAAAUCAAGAUUAAGCAUGUUUGUGCUUUUGCACUGCAGUGUAAAGUGAAGGAAUCUCCACUAAAUGCACUAUAUGGACAAAAGUAGUUUACCUCACACCUACAAGAGCUGCUCAGGUACCAAAAUCCAUGUCGUGAAGCUCCUGGCACACAGCAAACAAGGUUUGCAAAUCUGCAGUUACUGAGUCACAGGUGCACCUUAGCGGUUGCUCUGUAACCUCACAUGGCCUUCCACUUUGUCACUAUUUCUAAACACACCCAUGUUUGCGAUAAUACCACCGAUAGCUUAUCGUAGAAUAUCUGGAAGAGGGGAAAAAAUUACAAAUGUGAUGGAUUUCAAUGAGCUCUUUAGAACUGAUCUUUCACAAAUGCUUGUAAACGCAGACUGCGUUGCUAGGUGCUUCAUUUUAUACACCUGUGGCAAUGGGUUUGAAAACACUUGAAUUCAUAAAAAGGUGUGGUCCAAAUUUUUUUAUCCAUGUAGAGUUCAAGUAAAACAUCACCAGAAUGGAGCGGGAUUACAUCUUUGUGUGAAUCCUUUAAAAGGGUGAUCUAAACAUUCAUGGAUUGUAAAAGAUGAAAUAUUUACACGGUUCUCCUGCAGUUCUGUGGAGGGUCUGGUAUGUAAGCUGGAAAAAAAAAUACAGUUUUCCCUGCAGGCCUCUGCACAGGUCACAUGAUCGAAAACUACGAACCAGCUUUUCCUUUUCUUAAGUGCCCACCCUGAACAUCGAAAUCAAAAUAGGUUAAAAUUGGCCAGAUUUUGUUUGAGUGGGGGGUUAGGGGGUGGAAGUGUAGCGCUUGUGAAAGCUAUUUUGUGAGCCUCAUAGAGAGAGCCAUCCUGUUGUUUUAUAUUACCAAGCCCAGCAGCUUGGCAGUGGAACUGAGACCAUAACUGCUUCACUUUGCUUCCUCCCCCCUGUGUAUUUUUUUCCACAGCGUUUAUAGCAUUCACAGGUGUGUGAGUUUGUGUGUUUAAUUAACCUUCCCGAGCAAACAAGUGACACACACAACUUGCAGAGAGGUGAGAGGAAACUUAUUUGAAGUUUAGCGUUUUUGGGUGGGGGUAGGGUUCUGAAACGGUCCAUGAUGAAGAAUUAUAUCACACAAAUUUUCUUGGUCAACUUCCCAUUGUUUGUUUUUUGACUAUUUUUUUUUUUCUUUGUGCACAUGCGUCAUUUUCAUCCACACAUUUGGCUUGUCCUGAUGCAUUUUUUUUUUUUUUAAUAUUGUAAAUAUGUACUGAACUGCCUCUGCCGUUUAUGUUGUCUUUUGUAAAGCAUCACUUAGCCUGGGAUGACUCACAUUUAUGGAUGUACAAACCAGAUGAUUAUGGAUGUUAUAUGGAUGUAGAAACCAGGAACAUAUGCUUUCGUGAUCACGACCAGAAGACGUGGUUCAGAUAUUACACAGAAUGUAUUCCUUUCGGUUUUAUGUUGUUUCCAGACAACAACCACCCAAUUGUAAAUGACUUUGAGGUGAAUGGAGUAAAAACGUGACUGACUGGACCCUCUGCUUUUCCUAUAGAGGUACAGAUGGAAACUGACACACAAAGCCCACCAUGUCCUGUUACAUUAAUGUCCUGGGAAUAAUGGUUCACUCACACAAAAAUUGUCCACCUACCUUUUUGGGGGGAACAAAGGGAUCCUGCCCUCAGUCUAGCACUGCUUUUCACUUCUGUUAUAUCGAAGUCUUCCUUGUACAUUUUCCUCUGAGGCAAUGAACCACUGACUUUUUAAUCUAAAUGGUAAAAAAUAAAUUAUUAGGUAAUGAACUGUG